UUUAAAACUGGAGAGAGUCUCUUUUCCGCACACACACUGUUCCAGUUCAAACCGUGGAAGCAAAGGUAGACUCAGAUGUCUGUAUCCCUUUUGCUUCACUCACACCGAUCCAAUCCAAUCCAAUCUUCAAUCUUUCUCUCUCUAUAAAGAGAACUCACACACUCCCCAGAUUCACACCCUUCUUAACUCUCCUUCUCUCUUUCUCCGCUUCAAUCAAACAUUCCCAGUGCAAAUAGAUUGAAUGUUGUGAACAAUGGGUUCAUCCAAGGCCUCAUGCAGUGUUUCUCUGCUCCAAUUGUUCAUAGUGGUUUGCCUUGUCUUCCAAUGCUUUGCUAAAAACCAUGCUGACCUGAGCACAACUCUAAUUGUAAAUGCUUCUGAUGCGUCUGGAAAGCCUAUACCAGAGACACUUUUUGGCAUAUUCUUUGAGGAGAUCAAUCAUGCUGGAGCCGGGGGAAUUUGGGCUGAGCUUGUGAGCAACAGAGGAUUUGAAGCUGGGGGCCCUAACACUCCUUCAAAUAUUGAUCCUUGGUCAGUUAUUGGAAAUGGAUCACUGAUAAAUGUUGAAACUGAUCGUACCUCUUUCUUUGACCGUAAUAAGGUUGCACUUCGAUUGGAGGUGUUAUGUGACAGCAAAGGUGACAACAUCUGCCCAGCUGAUGGUGUUGGUGUUUAUAACCCUGGUUUCUGGGGCAUGAAUAUUGAGCAAGGGAAGAAAUACAAAGUGGUCUUCUAUGUUCGUUCAACUGAAUCACUUAAUCUAACAGUUUCAUUGACUGGAUCAAAUGGUGUAGGAAAUCUGGCUUCAUCUGUGAUUACGGGUUCUGCACUUCAUUUUUCUAACUGGACAAAGGUGGAGACUUUAUUGGUUGCCAAAGAAACGAAUCGUAACUCAAGACUUCAAUUAACCACUACCACCAAAGGUGUGAUAUGGUUGGACCAAGUGUCUGCUAUGCCACUGGACACAUAUAAGGGACAUGGUUUCCGCAGUGAACUUGUUGAAAUGCUGGCAGAUUUGAAACCAAAAUUUAUCAGAUUUCCGGGUGGUUGUUUUGUUGAAGGAGAAUGGUUAAGAAAUGCAUUUCGAUGGAAAGCAACUGUUGGACCAUGGGAGGAGAGACCUGGGCACUUUGGUGAUGUUUGGAUGUACUGGACUGAUGAUGGACUUGGCUAUUUUGAGUUUCUCCAACUAGCAGAGGACUUGGAUGCUUUACCAAUAUGGGUAUUUAAUAAUGGUGUCAGCCAUAAUGAUCAAGUUGAUACGUCAGCUGUCUUACCUUUUGUGCAAGAAGCCCUUGAUGGAAUUGAGUUUGCAAGAGGUGAUCCCACUUCAAAAUGGGGUUCCCUUAGAGCUGCUAUGGGACACCCAGAGCCGUUUGACCUUAGAUAUGUUGCUGUUGGGAAUGAAGAUUGUGGAAAAAAGAACUAUCGUGGAAAUUACUUGGAAUUCUACAAAGCAAUAAGAAAUGCUUAUCCAGAUAUCCAAAUUAUCUCAAAUUGUGAUGGUUCCUCUCGACCUUUAGAUCAUCCAGCUGAUAUGUAUGAUUAUCAUGUUUAUACAAAUGCAAAUGACAUGUUUUCUAGAGCUAACGCAUUUGAUCGUACAUCACGAGAUGGUCCAAAGGCUUUUGUGAGUGAGUAUGCUGUGACUGGAAAAGAUGCGGGGACAGGAAGCCUUUUGGCUGCCCUAGCUGAAGCUGGAUUCCUUAUUGGACUGGAAAAGAACAGUGAUGCUGUCGAAAUGGUCAGCUAUGCUCCACUUUUUGUUAAUGCCAAUGAUAGGAGGUGGAACCCAGAUGCAAUUGUUUUCAACUCCUUUCAGCACUAUGGAACUCCUAGCUAUUGGGUGCAACAAUUCUUCUCGGAGUCAAGUGGAGCAACACUUCUAAGUACAUCACUUCAAGCAACUUCCUCAAAUUCACUUGUUGCAUCAGCAAUUACAUUUCAAAGUUCCGUAGAUAAGAAAAAUUACAUACGAAUAAAGGUUGUGAACUUUGGUACCAACGCCGUGAACCUCAAAAUCUCUAUUGCCGGACUGGAACCAAACUCAUUGCAGUUGUCUGGGUCACAGACUGUGCUUACCUCUGCAAAUGUAAUGGAUGAGAACUCCUUCUCGCAGCCAAAUAAGGUGGUGCCAAAUCAGAGUCUACUGAAGAAUGUUGGGAAAGACAUGAAUGUCACAGUCCCACCACGUUCGUUCACAUCAUUUGAUUUGCUUAAAGAAUCCAGUAAUCUGAAGAUGACAGGGAGCGAAUCUUCCUCGAGGUCUUCUAUUUAAAGUGAUGAAAAGUUAGACCAAAAACAGAAAAAAUAAAGGGGAAGGAAUGGGAUAUAUGCAGUAGCUGUCACUAACUGUAUAAGUUUGACAUCUUACCUGGUCUACUUUGUCAUGUUAUUAAAUAAUGUUACUUUGUAAAUAAUAUUUAUCUGGCUUCAUUUAAUUUAUGAGUAAUUUGUCCAACA